AUGACUGGCAAUGCCACGAUAAUAGAGCUGCCGCAGGUUGGCGAGUCUGUCACCGAGGGCACUAUCGUCCAAUGGCUAAAGGGCGUGGGCGACCGUGUGGACAGGUACGACCCGCUCGUUGAGGUGCUCACUGACAAGGUGAGCAUGGAAGUGCCCUCGCCCGUCGCAGGUAUCAUAAUCGAGCUUCUGGCUGAAGAGGGGCAGACGCUCCCAAUGGGCGCACCUAUCGCCUCGAUACAGACGGAAGACGCCGUAGAAUCUCCACCCCCGAUCAACACUACACCUGCUGCUCCCGCCGAGGAACUGCAAAGCAUCGACCGCACCGGCGUAUUGCUGAAGGAUGUGGCACCCGUCGGCCCGACAGGCAGCGGGAAUGUGAGCGGAAAUGUGAUUGUCCCCGCCGCGCAGGAUGCGACAGCGUCAGAACAAGCGGGUCGCGGCCGACAACGCAGACGUUACUCGCCCGCGGUGCAGCGACUCGCUGACGAACACGGCAUCGACCUCUCGCAAGUACAGGGCACUGGAAUCAGCGGGCGUAUCACGCGCAAGGAUGUGCUUGCAUACACCGAAGCUCGGGCACAGUCCACAGUCCUUGAAGCGCCUGCCGCCUCUGUGUCUACGGUUUCGGCUGUAUCGGUUACCGCAGACGAAGAGCGCCUGCCGCUGUCUCCCGUGCGCCGGCUGAUCGCUGCAAACAUGAAGCGCAGCGCAUCCGAAAUCCCCGCAGCUGAGUCGCUGCGAGAAAAUCCCCUGCUCAAUUCGUCCUGGGCAGAUGACGCCAUUAUCCUGAAGAAGCGCAUCAAUGUAGGCAUAGCGGUUGCCGCUCCUGACGGGCUCGUCGUGCCCGUGCUGCGCGAUGCCGACACGCUCAGCGUCGCGGGCAUCGCGGUGCGCGCCUCCGACCUGACUGCCCGCGCUCGGCAGGGCAAGCUUGCCAUCGAAGAUCCCAUCAUCAACCAUCCGCAGGCGGCAAUCCUCACGACGGAGGCAGUCGUGAAGCGCCCCGUCGUCAUCGGCGACGCCAUCGGCAUCCGUUCCCUGAUGAACAUCUGCCUCACAUUCGACCACCGCAUCAUGGACGGCGCGGAAGCCUCCGCAUUCUCCAAUGCUGUCAAGCGCCGCCUUGAGGCAAUCUGCGAUGACACAGACAGGGGCGGCGAGACGACAUACCACGGCCCCGGUCAGCUUGUCGGCUACCCCAUCGUCAACUUGCGCCGUUGGGGUGGCGGCGUUCGCAAGUAUGUAGAGACGCUGGAACAGGUUCUAAUCGGCACGCUUUCUGAAUUCGGUAUCACCGCGCACAGCGAAGGCAAGCCCACAGGCGUCUGGGUCGAAGACGCGAAGAUUGCAGCCAUCGGCGUGCGCGUGAGCCGCAGCGUCACGAUGCACGGCUUCGCGCUCAAUGUCUGCCCCGACCUCUCGUUCUUCGACCACAUCGUGCCCUGCGGCAUGCCCGGCGCGCGCGUAACCUCUAUGGCGCAAGAACUCGGUCAGGAGAUCGCAGUGUCAGACGUGAUACCCGCCAUCUCACAGGCAUUCGGCGGCGAGUUCGGAAUCGACGUUGAGUGGAGCAAUCUUGACGCCCUCGAUAGCACAGUUGUCGCGCCUUCGCGUCUGAUUGCGCCGCAAGUAUGA